AUGGCCAGGCUCAGUGAAGCCUACGUCUGCUUUGCGAACCUCACAAGAUCGAUCGUCGAGCAUGCUGUCCCGACGGAGCAAGCUGCCAGAGCAGAUCCAUCCACGGCAAGGCGGCACGCACGAGACGAUGAUCUAGCCAGCCAUGCGCUCUCCACUACGUCUCUCUCGCUCCCCGGCACCCUCGGCGUCAUUCUUGCCAGGGUCACAGAUAGCGGACACACGCUCGAGCUCAGGUGGAUCGCCGAGCUUGCCGCGAGCGGACAGGAAGAGCAGACAUCCCCCAUGCCAACUGUUCGACUCUUUUUCGCCGACGCUAUCGUGCCUUCUGUCAUCCUGACGGCGCUCGAAGGAGAUGAUCAUACAGGACUCGAGCUCCAUGUGCUAUCCGAACAGGGCAGUCUCCACACGCUCACCUUCAAUACGCUCGAGACGCUCUUUUUCGAGUUGCAAAGUGGAGGAGCGAGCAACAGUCAGCCUACUUGGUCACGGGAGUAUCUCUCGCACUGUCUCGCUAGCGAACAGACGGGCAGGAUGCCUGUGCUCUGUCAUGCCGUCCAAGGAUCAGAUCAAAUCAUCGUCAGUUGCGACGACGCGACGCUUUGGCUACUUGAAAGACAAGAUGACGGCUGGACCGAGACGGAGCUCAAGCCAGCCUCUACAGGCUCUUCGUUCAGGAUGCGGUCCCUCCUGCCUAGUCUGUCAGCGCGUUCGAUUGUAUCGCUCUCUCCGUCCGAUAUGCCUACUUUCACGCUAGCCAUGACGUCUCAACGCGGCAACGGGCUCUUGGGCUCGCUCUUCACUGUCACCCGUGACAAGAAGCUCAGGAUCUAUUCGCUCUCGACAAACCAAUGCGUCACCGUUCUUGCGCUGCCAGAAUCUUCGUCAACUGCGACUACGAGCAGAGCGCUAAUUCGACCGGUAGCACAAUCGAGAGAUAGCAAGAUAGCACUCUGGCCGGCAACGACGCGAGUCCUGAUCAAGUCUGCUGCUGCAAAUGCGUCAGAGGGAGACUAUUCGCAUUAUCUGGUCUGCUACAUACCAGGCCCUCACAACGGCUUCUUCGUCGUCUACGGCUGCACGGUCAGAGCGCAAGAUGGCGAGCUUGAUACGCUCGUGCCACUCGCGUACAGAGAUGCCAACAUGCCCGAAGGAGCUCGCCUUGUCGAUUUUCUGCCUGUGUACUCACAGCCUAUCCUGGCCGGUGCUGAAGAAGAAAAGAAGUGGACGCUAUGGACGCUAUGGUCCGAUGCCGGUAUGCGCUCGUUCCGCUCUUGCUCCCUAUUCGACGAGGACGAACAAGAGAUGGAAGAAGUUGGCUUCACUUCACUGCGUGCCAAUCGGACGACUUGGACAGACGUACUGGGCUCACAUCGCUCACGACGCUCGGCGGCAACGUUUGAGUCUCUUCUGAUCGAUACUCCCUUAUCUGUGGCAGAGCUGUUUACAGAGUAUAUCUUCUAUCCCGGCCGAUUUGCUUUAUCGAGCAUACACUUUGCCCUUAGCAGAAUAGGGCACGAGGGUGAUCGAGGGCUCUACGAAUCACCGCUCGAACACGCAUUAGCAGAAGUCGGCGCCAAGGUUUUCCUCGACCACGAUCCGCAGACAGGCCUGCCCAUGUACGAAGAAUAUCAGACCUUGCUCAAACGAGAAUGGCUGCAAUUCUAUUCGCUCGUCAAUCAAGCAGAAACCAGCGGCGAGACACCGCUUGCAUUGCUGUACGAUGAGACCACAUCUACAUUGGCAAGUUUGUCACGAGAUGGUCUAGCUCUACCGUUCGAGACGGAUGUCUUCGCACUCGCUCAGUUACCGCCAGCACAACUCGAAUCGACCCAACAGAUCUCGCCUGCUGCUACAAAAUGCCUCGGUUCAGACGAUAGGCUGCCUGAACUCCGUCAAGACAUUUUGGAGAUCAUACAGACUCUUGGGGCAGCUCGUUCUGCUCUCUCCGGCAUCGAUGUCAGCGAGCUCGAACAAGACCUGGUUGCUCUAGCGAGGACACCGAGGUCUUUUAGUGUCGAUCAGAUCGUGUCCGACUUUUAUGCCCGUCAUAUUCUAGAUCGACCAGCAGUCGACGAGGCUUUGGCAGACUGUGCUGUCUCGGCUUUUGCGCACCACGAAGCUAUCAAGCUCCUUCUCGAAGCGGCAGCCCACCUUGAGGUUGGCCUGCAAUUGAGCGAGGACAGGCUACCAGGAACCCUGUUUCAGACUUGGUUCGGUGCAGCAGCGGCGCACCAGAUUGUUCACGGUCGCUUUCAGUUUGUCUGCUUACUUUUCGUUUUGCUGGCCAAGUAUCAGCAUGCGCUCGAUGUGCAAGAGGAAGAUCUAUCGAUGGCUGAAGAUGAUCGACCUCAGCCGAGCGAUCUGCAGCGACUUGCAAGCCUUCAGCUAAGCGCGCUUCGCAGUCUAAGAUACCUCAGCCUGUUCCGCUUUCUGGCAUCGCAGCCAGCUCCGCUUACGGCGAUAUCGUCACAAGAUUCUGAAACAGAUUUACAAAAGCGGAUGACUCAUCUGAAUGUGACUUUGGCGAACCCCGACGAGGAGGGCAGCACCAGUGGAUCAAUGUUGCACUAUCUGUUCACGCAUGUGGCUCAGCUUCGCAUCGAACCAGCCCUUGCGCCUGCUCGUGCGCUUUCACAAGGCGUACUCUCAAGCUUGGCAUUGCUGUUUGCGCCAACGCAAGAUAGCGCAACAAUCAAUGGCGUCUCCGUCGCACUUCUGGCUAGCUUCUUGGUCAAAUGCGAUUGUGCAGAGAUAGCGCUGCGUCUGUUGGACGGCUUCGCAAAGGAUGCCGCUAUCGCAUACGUGGCUGCCUCUGCAAAUUUGCAGCUCGGACACGCCAAGGCAGCUCUUGACGACUUUGAGGCAGCAGCUUCAGGUAUAGGUCAAGAUGAGGAGCUCUCUGGUGUGCUGCCGACCGAUUUGCCCUUAGACCUACCGCAUUACUUGCAGCACGUGAUGGACGUGAUGCAGCAAGCUGGUAGUACACAAGGCACCCUUUCUAUCGCCUCGCGACUUGUCGAGACCCUCGAGCCUUCUGAGCCAGAACUUGUUGACACGACUUUGUCUUCAGGCGCUUGGCUCUCACUUUUCCGCAGCGCGCUUGCGCUUACCAAGUAUGAUCGCGCAUAUUCGGCUAUUAUGGCCAUGCCUCAUCGCGACCUCCAACAAGACUGUCUGCGCCUCUUCGUGACCGCAAUAGUAGACGAAGGCGAUGUGGAUCUCUUGAUAGGCUACUCGUUCGGCCAGCUUCAAGCCGCUGUCAGCGAAUUUCUCGACUUUCGUGCGAGGAAUUCCGACCCUCGAGGAACGCCGAAUCACUAUCAGGUCUUGUCAGUUUGGCAUCUCGCCCGAGGCGACUACAGGAGUGCAGGACAAGUAAUGUAUCAGCAAGCGCGCAGGAUGGCCGAAUCGGCUGCGCGGUCACACGCUCAUUCCUUUGCUGACGAGGCCGCUCGACAAUGCGAGGCUUACCUGGCAGCCAUCAAUUUGCUUAGCCUCGUGCCAAAGUCGCAAGCGUGGAUCAGCUUACGGGUCGAGUCUAGCGCAUCCGCGGGGCUCCGCAAGCGUCGACGCAUUCAGUACUUUAGUCCUUCCAGCGAAUCGUCUUCGGAUCUAGACGUCAUCGAGCUUGGUGAUAUCCGCAAGGAGUAUAUUGUGCUCCUCGCGCGUCUUCAGCUCCAUGUUGCCUACCCCGAACUUAUCCAUACUGUCAACGUCGAGGGCUCUAGCAUCGUUGCGUUGUUUUCGCAGUCUCGUCUCUUCGAUCAAGCUUUGGCGCACGCAGAACAACUUGGUGUCGACAUGUCGAAUGUCUUCGCUCAUCUAGCGCUUCAAUGCGUCAUGCUUUCAGAAGCAGAAACUAAUCAUGACCCGGUCGAAUCUGCCUGGGUUGAUCUCGAUGAUGCUGCGGUUACAUGGGAAGGGUCGCACGGGCUGCGUGCCUGGCGAUUGCUCGAGCUGCACCUAGAAAGACAUGAUUCCAACGGGCGAUACCGUCAGGUCGUGCUAGACAAGAUACUGAGCGAAGAUGCCGACGCACGCAUACCCAGCUGGCUCAUCGCCUACUUUGUGGCCCGCGACCCGGCCCAUCUCAUCAGAGCUUACCUUCGGCAUAACGUCGUGCGAGCGCCACUGCAGCUAGCGCUGGCUCACAUACGAAAGAUCAACGAGGACGCAGUACAUCCGACCCGUCAAUUCGCGAAUGCGGUCAUCUCGUACAAUGCUGUCGAAGAGCUCCUCAGCGUCGAUUCGGAUGAUGAAGACAUCAAAACUUUGCAAGAUGCAUUGCGUACUGCUCUCGAACAGAGAUGCCGCAUGAUCUUGAAGAAGGACGAAAGCAUGCAGACCCAAGCAGCUGAAUUGAUCGGUCCAGCGGGACAAUAUUGGCUCGACGAUAGCUCGCAGCCGAUGGGCGAGGCUCUAUUGAUGAUGUUGCCUCCGUCAUCAACGAGGAUGCCACCCGCUCCGCAAAAAUCGCUGCACGCCUUAUAA